GCAGGUGGUGGUUGCUCAUAAAACCCUGCGCCGUGACUCUUGUGCUCUCAAAUUCGAACGAAGAAAAGCGCGGGUUGGAAGAAUUGGUUUGCUAGGGUUUCUAGUUACUCCAAUGGCCACAACUACAGAAGCUAAUGAUGAAGCUUCAAGAAGAAGCACCACCAAGAUUGUUGAUGCUUCGCUUUGGUGGGACCCCUUCCCACACUUGCUCGCUGAACUCGAAUCUGUUUCUCCCUCCUCUGACCUCCCUCCUCCUCUGGAGAAGAAGAUAAAGGUAAAUCAUGCAUGGUUUCUGGACACAGUUUCACUAUUUAAGCCACCAAACCUGAAAUCAAGGGAGGCUUUAGAUGCCAGCCGACUGAAGAUUGGUCUACACCAGAUUACUGUAGAAGCUGAUAAAAAAGAAGCAGCCUUGAAAAUUAGUUCUGCUUUGUGUUUGGAUGAGGUGCAGUCAUAUAUUCUUGUUGAUAGAACCAUUAAUCAAAAAAGUAUCGUUGCUGAUGGUGUAUUUCACGAGCUUCCUCAUUUGGUUAUGCUUCAGUAUUAUUUGGAACGCCAAUGUUUAAUGAAGUGCACACGCCAUAUAAUUAUGCAAGCUUUAUAUAUCGCGACAAGAUCUCAAGAUUCGUUUAUUGUAGAUGAGGCACAGAAAUUGAUUUCUGAUGGACUGGACAGGAAAUUCUUUUCUGUCCUGCAGGAGAAUCUACACUCUAACUUUCCUGAGAACAUGGAUGUUGACCUUUAUACUUUGUGGGCUGAAGAAAUAGUAAUUGAAGACAAUCUUGUAUUGGAUGUUCUUUUCCUCAUAUUUUACGAGUUCUGCCCCUGCACGGGUGAACUGUGGAAAAAAUUGUGCUCACUUUAUGAGGGAUUCAUUUCAAAUUCUUAUAAUUUUGGGAAGUUGGCUGUAUCUGCUGAAGCAGUUUCCUCUAUUUAUCAUGCCAAACUGCAGCUGCUGCUUAUCCUCAUAGAAACUUUGGAUUUGGAAAAUCUUUUGCAGAUGGUUCAUGAUGAAACUCCGUUCAGGCAGGGUUAUGUUACUUUUUCUUUGUCGGAGGUGGAAGAAAUUGAUGCUAUGGUGUCCACUUUUGAUGUUUUCGAAAACAAUGAAUCGGGACCAUUGGUUUUGGCAUGGGCAGUGUUUCUCUGUCUAAUUUCAUCUCUUCCAGGAAAAGAAGAAAACAAUAAACUGAUGGAGAUCGAUCAUAUUGGUUAUGUCCGCCAAGCUUUUGAAGCUGGAUCAUUGAGUUCUUUUCUUGAAAUUAUUGAAAAUGAUAUACUGAGGGAUUUUGAUUUUUUUCAGGGUCCUAUUACUGGUUUUAGAAGUGUUUUGCGGACAUUUUUAUCAGCAUUUAUUGCAUCUUAUGAGAUCAAUCUCCAGCUGGAGGAUGGUAACCUGAAAUUGAUAUUGGAUAUUCUUUGCAAAAUUUAUCAAGGGGAGGAGUCCCUCUGUACUCAGUUUUGGGAUAGGGAAAGUUUUGUUGAUGGUCCUAUCAGGUGCCUUCUUUGCAGCUUGGAGGGUGAAUUCCCAUUUAGAACUGCUGAGCUUUUACAGUUGUUAACUGCACUUUGUGAAGGAGCGUGGCCUGCGGAAUGUGUAUUUAAUUUUCUCGACAAGUCCACUGGAUUGUCAUCUCCUGUUGACAUCAGUAGCUGUGCAAUUGUGAAUGAUGCUUCUCAGACUGUUAUGGUGGUCCAACCAUUACAUCUUCCUGGUAUUGAGGGUCUGGUCAUUCCUAGUGGAACCUGUGGUCAUCUGUUAAAGAUGAUUGAUAGGGAUAUUGCUCUAGUUAGAUGGGAGUUCCCGCAAUCUGGGAUUGUCGUGCUGCUUUUGCGUUUGGCCCAAGGGCUGUACUUGGAGAAAACCAGUGAAAUCGUUAUGACUCUUGGAUUUCUCAGCCGGCUUGUGACUUUCAACAUGGGUGUUUGCUAUUCUCUUCUGAACCUUGGUGGCUAUAUGCACGAUGAAAUGAAUUCACCAACAGAACACCUGCGUAUUAAUGUGGCUGAAAUCAUUUGUGCCUGGAUCAAGAAUCUGUCUCCUAAUUGCUCUGGUGUGGCGUUGAUGUCAAUGGGAGUUAACAUUUUAGCAAAGAUGUUAAAAUGCUCACCAUAUCAUGUUUCAAGAUUGAUAGUCCAGGCAAAUAUCUUUGAUGUUGCUUUUAAGACGAAUCCCUUCAAAGUAGACUCCAAUGGCCUAUCGAGUGGAUCGUGGUUGCUUUCUGGUCGGCUCGCGAAAAUGCUUUUGAUCGACUGUGAGCAGAAUGAUUGUCAAUUGACACUUUCAGUGCUUGACUUCACCAUGCAGCUUAUGGAUUCUGGAAUGGAAAACGAUGUUGUCCUUGCACUAGUCAUUUUCUCCAUUCAGUAUGUCCUUGUUAAUCAUGAAUUCUGGAAUUAUAAAAUCAAGCACACUCGGUGGAAGGUGACACUGAAGGUGCUUGAAGUCUUGAAGAAAUGCAUUUUGUCCAUUUCAUAUAUCCAGAAACUUGGUGAAGUGGUCAAGGAUAUUUUAUUUGGUGAUUCUUCAAUCCACAAUGCACUCUUUCGACUUGUUUGCACAACUUCAGAUGGCCUGGAGAAGCUCUAUUUCAGCCGGCUUUAUGGACUGACAGAUAUUGAAGGAUUACAGCAGGCUAUUGUCUUGGGAUUGGAUAUUCUUUCCAGUAUGCUUUCCGAUUUGUCAAGGGUUGUGCCCACUUUCACCGUCUUUUGUCAAGCAGUCAUGUCACUGACGGCAAAACCAGUGCCUGUGGUUACUGCUGUGAUAUCAUUGAUGUCAUUCUUCCGAAAUCCUAAGAUACAGGUUGGUGCAGCAAGACUGCUCUCCAGGUUGUUUAUUAUUGGAGACGACUCACAAUCAUAUGCACUUAGCAAUGUAUAUUUCGGUCUGGAUGACAAGCAGAUAUAUAAUUUUAAAAAUACCAUUUGUAGCAUUCUUUGUCAAGAGAAAGUAGAAAGUGAGGAUCUCAUAAUUGCUACUUUCAAGAUGCUUACUUCUGCUGCACGCUAUCAGGCUUCUUUUCUUACCGCUGUGAUCGCUUUGGAAGAAAAUUCAAUUUCUGAAUCAUGCAAUGGUGACAAUCAUCCAGCCAACAAUGAUGCAUUACAGUGCAAUGCUGCAAACAUAUUAGAUUGCAUAUGGAUUUAUGUUAAAAGAUCUGAUGAUCUUGUGAUGACCAAAUCACGUAUAAUGUGUAAUGUGCUAAACUUCCUAAAAGCAUUAUGGCAAGGAGCUGCUCAUUAUACAAAUCUUCUGAAGCAGCUGAGAAAUUCAGACUUCUGGGAAAAGCUACUGAUUUCUGCCGUGCUUUCCAUAAGUAAGAAGAGUUGCCAAUCUGAUAGCACGACCGAAUUGGAGCUCCAAAAUCUGGCAUACAGAUAUCAGUGUCAACAUAAUGUAUUGGAUGUGGUGGCCUGUGAAAUGAUCCUGCAGAAAAAGAUUUUACAUUCUGAGUUGGUCACAAAAGAAUCUUCCAAAUGUUUACAUAACGGGUCAGAUGGCUGUAAAGUAGCAACAGCUGAAAGUUCAUGUAACCUGAAGGAAAUUUUUGGAGCGUGGUGUGGGAGCUCAUUGGAUGCGGAGACUAUCAAGACAUUUGUUUCAUUUGAGUAUGAUGAUUCUGUAAAGCUGCGUGCAAGGGUUGCUGCUGGUCUGUUUGCUGUGCGCAUCAUGUGUAAAGUAAAAGGCGGUGAUAGAGGAAGUUUGUCUGUUUCACUCGUUGAUAAAGUUACUAACCUGUGGGAAAAGUUGAGGAAGUUGCCAGCCUUUUCUGAGUUGAUGGCUAUUUAUACGAAGCAUGGUUACAGUGGAGGAAAUGAACUGGACGACUUAAUUCUCAAUGAUUUAUUCUAUCAUCUGCAAGGAGAGCUUGAAGGUAGACAUAUUUCCCACAUGCCAUUCAAGGAGCUGUCACAAUAUCUGCUACAGUCAAAUUUCUUGCAAACAUAUCAGCGCAAGCACCAUGAGGACAUUUUCCCUCAAACUGAUGGUGUCUGCUUAUAUGACACUGACCGUCUGCAAGGGGACAUGGCUAUUGAUUUGUGGGAUCUUUCGGAUUGGAAAGCAUCCAAAGUGGUUGCAGAAAUGCUGUUGCUCUCUUUGCAGAAUGUGAAUGUCAUGGUGUCACUCACAACAUCCAAGCUUUCAGCUUUAAUAGCUUUGGCAACUACUUUCUCCAUAUCUGACAAUGAUAAUGUGAGUUUUGCGUCACUUGAUAAUGAGGUUAGAAGUGGCAGAAAAAUUCCUGAAAAAUCAUUGUCAUCUAGCAUUGAUAAUAUAUGCCAGUCUCUCCACCGCACAAUCGAGCUAUUACCUCCUGUUUCUGAUGCUAGUGAAGACAUAGUUGAUAUUCUUGCAGCUCAAGCAGAGUUGCUUUUCCACUUUACCAGGUCUCUGAGUACACAUUUAUCUUUAUCUACAUGCCUUCUGAUAUUAAAAACUUCAGGUUAUGGCCUCAAGGUGUUGUGUAACUGUAGGCCAUUGGUUACUGGUGUUUUUUAUCCAAUGAAGAUAUUUUUGAUGCUAGUUCUCUUUUCACUCAAAUCAAGUUGGAGAGAUUCUCGUCUUGGAGUACAAACAAAAAUUGAGCAUAAUGAAGCCUUACCUGAGGCAGCUAAUGUGAGCUUGGGGCUACUACCGCUGAUUUGCAACUGUAUUGAACUUAAUGAACAUUGCUCCCUCUCUGUGAUUAUUACCGAUCAAAUAAUCAAAGGUUUUUCAACACCUGCUACUUGGUUCCCCAUAAUUCAAAAACAUCUCCCAAUGCAGCGUAUUGUUCUUAAACUUCAAGAUAAAAGCUCCUAUUCAAACAUUGGCAUUCUAUUGAAGUUUCUUUUGACUAUUGCACAUGUGAAGGAAGGUGCUGAGAUGCUUGUAAAAACUGGUUUCUUUGCAUCGUUAAGUGUGUUGUUGGCUGACCUAUCUAAUGGUAGACCUCUCUCAGUAGUUGAGAGGGAGAGAAAUCUGGCAAACACCUUUGAGAAUAUUGAAAGGGCUCAACCUAUUUGGGGACUUAGCUUGGCUGUGGUUACAGCAAUUAUUAACUCUUUAGGAGAAAGUUCGAUUUUCAAUGUGGAACACGUGGUGACUUACUUCCUCUUGGAGAAGGCUGAUCUAAUUUCAUAUUAUCUAAGUGCUCCGGAUUUUCCACCAGAUGAUCAUGAUAAGAAAAGACUUCGGGCACUCAAACCACAUACUUCAUUGAGUGCUCUUAGAGAGAUUGAAAAUACAGUUAUGUUAAUCUGUGUUCUGGCAAAGCAUAGGAAUACCUGGUCAAGGGCCAUGAAAGAAAUGGAGUCACAGUUGAGGGAAAGAUGCAUACAUUUAUUGGCCUUUAUUAGCUGCGGUACACCACGUCAUGGGGAAUCACCAGGAAGAGUUCCCCCCAUCUUUUGUCAUCCUACCCUUAGGGAGGAGUACGAGUGGCACAAAAAGCCAUCAUCUAUCAGUAGCAAAAAUGGCUGGUUUGCUUUUUCUGCUUAUUGCUGCAGUCUAAAUCCCAAAUAUUCAUCUUUUUCGUCUAGAACUGCUACUUUGAUCAAAGAUCAACCAAAUGAGCAUGCUAACCUGACUUCGCAGACACACUUUUCAGAUGCAAUGUCUAUUCAGAUAUACAGAAUUACCUCUCUUCUCCUUAAGUUUUUGUGUCAACAAGCUGAAGAUGCUGCUGCAAGGGCUGAAGAAGUGGGUUUUGUCGAUCUUGCUCAUUUUCCUGAGCUACCAAUGCCUGAUAUCCUUCACUGCUUGCAGGAUCAAGGAAUAACUAUUGUCACUGAAUUGUGCGAAGCCAACAAGUUGAAGCAGGUUACUUCUGAAAUACAAGGGGUCUGUAUUUUGCUGUUGCAAAUUACUGUUAUGGCAUUGUACCUGGAAUUUUGUGUGAUCCAAAUCUGUGGAAUGAGACCUGUCCAUGGACAUGUUGAGGACUUCUCCAAGGAAUUUUAUGCUCUGACAAAAGCUAUGGAAGGACAUACAUUUUUGAAAGAAUCUAUGAACUCCUUGAAGCAAAUGGUGUCUUUUGUGUAUCCUGAAUUAUUGCAGGCAGAAGAUGUAUGAAAUUUAGGUUGUCUUUGAGCCCUUGGGUAGGUGAAUCUCAUAAUAUUGUUGAUAAUCAAUU